AAGAUCGGCCAUUAAAAAAAAUCCCCUGUGAAGGAAAAUUUAUUCUUUACUAAAAUUUGUGCAGAUAUAAUUUUGCAUGAUAUCAAGUACAGUAAUACCGUUAUACAUGUACUGUAUAUUGCUUCAUGAAUGAAUACCCGGAAGCUCAAGAUAAAAUCUCCCAGAAUCCCUGGCGCAGCCCGCCAUUUUGAAUCAGACGACAGGGGUAAUGAGGUCGGGUCCGGCUGACCUCCCAGGCGUCCCGCCGAAAAUUUGUGUCAGCUUGGCGCUGAAUUUCGAUGUAGAUCUCUUAUACUAAAUCUCCAACUCCAUUUGGUGUCACUGACCUCUAAAAAAUCCCAGUUUUGUCUGUUCAGCGUCAAAAAAAUCGCCGUCGUCAUCGGGCCUGCAUCUAAUUUGGUGCGCGCUUGUAGAAUUCUGACAUGGCUGACGGCUCUGUUUUGAAACUCCUCCCCGGCCCCCAGAAACGCCGACUGACCAAGACAAGGCUCGGUCACGACCUGGGACGACGGGACCGAGCUCCGGCCAUGUCCUGAGAACGUUUGUCGCAGGGCAAACUGUCUGUCUCGUCCUCGUUUCCUCACAAAAAGAAACCUUCAUCACUUUAGAUCUACCUGUGAACUUUGUUUUGCCCGCACCCCUCCCACUUUCAUUCAAACUAAUCCACCAUGAGUAAGAAGAAGGGGUCCACCCUUCCGUGGUAUCUUGCCUUUGCCUCGCCUGGCAGGAAUAACGGUGACUCUUCUGACUCUGACAGGAGCUCGGAUUCAGAGGACUACGAGGAUGCUUCGGCCGAGACGCCAGGCGAACUUUCCCCGGGCUACACCAACAGGCUGUCCGUCUUGCUGGGAGGUGGUGUAAGAGCUGACUACAAGGAAGACAGCAUGGGGAACGCAGACAGCAGAGGUAAAGGUGAGAGAGGAAAGCACAAGAAACACGCCGAGCAUCACAAGGAAGGGGCAGAGAAGGCCGACUUCACGACCGUUGAGUAUGAAGACUCCAGGCUUUCCAAUGUCGCAGGUGAGCAGAAAAGUGAAGAAGGGAGACCUGCCAAGAGGACUUCCAGCUUUGGGAAGAAGUCUAAAGCAGCCAAAGUUAAAGAAGCUGCAAAGAGAAGGAGCGAUGCAAGCACUGCAAGUGACACCAGCAGUUCAGAAAAAUCUGGCAGCAGUGGCGGGGGGAAGUUUUGGUCCAGGGGUAAGAAGAGCGAAUCCUCGCCAUCGCAGCAAAGACCCAAGGAAGGUGAUGCUGUGAAAAAGGAUCAGGCCAAGAUGUCUCCAAUUCAUGAUGCGAAGGAGCCACAGGACGAGACGGAUAGAGCAGCAGACUUGGAGAGGAAAUCUUCCGUCCAGGGUUCGACGGUUCCCUGGUAUCUGGGGGGCGGCUCCUCGGCUACUGCCCAGCCCAAGCAGAAGAAGGCGGCAAAGAAAGAGGCAGGAAAGGCGGAGUCUGAAGACGACUUGUCCGAGUAUGAAGAUGCCGGAGAUGCGAACGUAGCGUCAGGGACAGCGGGAGGGCUUGUCCGAUCUCCGUCCGCCGGCUUGUCACUGCUCAUGAAGACCUCAGCUGGGUUGACAGAGCAAGUAGAGGCCCAAAUACAGAAAGAGAAAGCCUCUGAGGUUUCAAAGCCAACGAGACCAGACUCUCUCGAAGGGAAGACAAAGAAAGGAGGGGGUACUAUUGAGACUAAAGAAAGCACGGAAGAAAAGAGUGCUGCAGGCAAGAGGCAUAAGACUGUUCCUACUCCGGCGUACGCCGUCACGAGUACAAGACGUUUUUCCUCCCCACGAGUUUCGCCCGCAUCGAGUCCUGUGGCCAAGCAGCGCAAGUUUCCAACCUCUACGUCCUCUCCUCAGCUGGCACGCAAGCUGGAGAGCAGCGCUUCAGUAGACACUGGGGGAAUAUCAAAGAAAGACGAAUAUUCCAUAUCAAAAAGUGAUACGGAACCAGACGAAGGUCAGAAUACCUCGAAGGACAAGGUGGCUCGAAGUAAGUCCAUGGAUCCUGCAAGGAAGGGACAAGGUAACGCUGCAUUUUGGGAGAAAAAGAGAACAUUAGCUCUCGACGGGGAAUCGUUCGAGCGGAAAGAGGAGGACGGUGAUUACGUCACCCCUCCGGAAAAGUUCAACGGCCAGGACAGCUACUCCGCAGAAUUCGUCAUCAAGAGGGAGGAUUCCGCCGACACGAAAAUCAGCCAGGUCGCGCAGAAACUGGACACCCUGGAAAGCGAGAUGCAGAAAAUUACCGAGAAACACACGGGCCACAUACAGACAGAUGGCUCAGAACGGAGAGGCUCGAAGACUGGAGACGUCCCGUCUUCGGACAGCGAUGCUGGCGAUUCCGUCACCGGGAAGAGGAAGAUGAAGCCAGAGCCGCUCACCCUGACCAGAUCAGCAUCCCCGUCUCCCCAGCUGAAGAAGGGCGUGGCGCUGGGACCGCAGCCCUGGGUCUCCAGCAUGGAGAGGCUGAACCAGAUCCUGGCCAUGUCCGAGAAACAGGUGCCUGAUGUCAGGAAGAAGGAAAAGUUCUUAGGUAAGAUGCUGGUGGAGUGGCUGAUGCCUGCCGACCAUGAGGAGUUUGGUCCUGAUGCUGCGGAGCUGGACCUGGCCCUGCAGUUCUGCAACAGGCUGCUGGCUGUGGGCAUCCUCCAGCCGCUGGACCAGACCUCUGCUCAGCUGGAGUUCAACCCUGAGACGACCUACUGCUGGUACCACCAUGCGGCGCUACAGAGCACCAACGGCCUGAACUCCUCCGGCACCAGUUUGGGCCACCUACCUGAGACGACCUACUGCUGGUACCACCAUGCGGCGCUACAGAGCACCAACGGCCUGAACUCACCAGGCGCCGCGCCAGGACGCAUCACGCCCGUCUGGCCGCCGCCCAAACCCGAGAGCAAGGAUGGUCUCAGGUACACGGAAGCAGAGCAUCAGUAUGCAAUCAUGACAUUGAAGAGGGAGAACAAAGACUACAUAGAACAGCUUCAUCAAAAGCAUGAGCUGGCAGUGUUCCAGCUGAGGGGAGAGAAUGCGGUGAAGGUGACCAAGCUGGAGGCUGAGGUGGCCAACCUCAUCGACCAGAUCCAGGACCUCAAGAAGCUGCUGCCAUCAGGGGGGAAGAAGGUGGAUGUGGGCGUGGAGGCAGCCUUCGACAAGCCCGUCCUGCAGGUUUCGUGCACGGCCACCAAGUCCCAGGCCACCUGCACCUCCGAGGACGGCAUCAUCAAGGAGCUGUCGUCGGGCGGGGCCGCCGUGCCGACAGCAGUCAUCGUAGACGGCACCCCUGCCCCUCUCCCCACACCCCCCGGGGCUGUAGCCAGAACCCCUGCCCCUGCACCGCCCCCUCCCCCACCCCCCGGGCAGCUGUCAGGGCUGCCGUUUCAGACCUCCACACCGUCGGGAGCUGUACCCCGACCCCCACCCCCUCCAGGAGCAGGAUCUGUACCCCCUCCACCUCCCCCACCCCCAGGGAUGGCAUGCCCACCCCCUCCACCACCUCCCCCAGGCAUGGGAGCCCCACCACCACCUCCCCCACCCCCUGGCAUGGGAGCCCCACCUCCACCGCCCCCACCCCCUGGCAUGGGGGUACCCCCACCCCCUCCCCUUCCUGGCAUGGUUCCACCACCACCCCCUCCCCCAGGAGGUGUUCCUCCACCACCCCCACCCCCUGGUGGUAUCCCCCCUCCCCCAGGUGGCAUCCCCCCACCCCCUGGUGCCUUCCCAGGGAGGGCACAUCUGCUGCAGACCCCAGCAGGUCCCCGUAAGCAACUGGUAGAGCCAUCUUCACCGAUGAAGCCUCUGUACUGGAACCGGAUUCAGCUGCACAAGGACAAGGCUGUCAUGCAGAUGCAGUUUGGCACAGAAGACAUCCAGACCCUGUGGGACAAGCUGGAGGAGCCAAGCUUCGACAAGGACGAGUUCGAAGAACUGUUCGCCAAACCGCAGAACACGCCCAAGAGGAAGCCUCUGUCAGACACAUACAAAAAGCCUAAAGCGAAAAAGAGUGUGGCCAAGCUGCUGGACAGCAAGAGGUCGCAGCAGGUCGGCAUCCUCAUGUCCAGUCUGCACGCCGAGAUGGCCGACAUCGAGAACGCUGUUCUCAACAUGGACACCACCCAUCUGGACCUGGAGAAUCUCAAUGCUCUCUACGAAAUCCGCCCCCAGUCAGACGAGCUGGACAAGAUUAAGCGCCAUCUAGUGGCCAAGGUGGACACUCCACUGGACAAGCCUGAACAGUUUCUGUUUGAACUGUCGAACAUCCCGAGCUUUGGAGACCGUGUGUUCUGCUUCACCUUUCAGGCCCAGUUCCAGGAGAGCAUCCUGACCAUCAGGCAGAGGCUCGACAACUUCAAAAACGUCUGCAAGAUUCUCCUCGGGGAUUCCGAGGAUGAAGAGAAGGAGAAAAAGGAUGCUGAGGAAAAAGGAGAGGCUGAAAACACCGAGUCAGAAAACGAGGAGGCGGAAAAGAGGGAGGAACCGGAAAAGGAGCAGGCAAAAGAAAGGGAGGAGGAGAGCAAAACAGAGGAGAAAGAUCCAGGAGAGAAGGAUGGAGAGACAAGCAGUGCAGAGGAGAAAGAGGAAGAGUCCAACUCCGAGGCGAUGGAAGUCAACGCCAAUGUACAGACAGUCCUGGGCCUGGUGCUGGCCUUUGGCAACUACAUGAACGGAGGGAACAGAACUCGUGGCCAGGCAGACGGUUUCCAACUGGAGAUUCUGGCCAAACUGAAGGACGUGAAGGGAAAGCACUGCCCAAAGGAUGGCAAGACCAGUCUGCUGCACUACCUAGUAAUCUACUUCAUCAAUAAGUUUGACAAGGCCGCCGGCACAGAGCAAGCCAAGCUGCCCAUCCCAGAACCCAACGACAUUAACCAGGCAACCCUGGUCAAGUUUGACGACAUCGGCAAGGACCUCAGGAAGCUUAAGAGAGACUUAGAUGGCUGUGAGAAGAAGGUUGCUGAGGUGGUGAACUCUUCUGAGGACAAGUACAUCCAGCCCUUCAAGGACAACAUGGAGAUCUUUGUCAAGAAAGCCCAGAAAGAGCACCAGGAACAAGAGCACAACCUGGACGCCUGCCAGAAAAGGUUCCAGCAGGUUGUGAUCUUCUUCGGCGUGCGGCCGCGCCCUGGAGACACGGAGGUGACCCCGCCCUACUUCUUCAGCCUCUGGACCGCCUUCUGCAGGGACUUCAAGGACAUCUGGAAGAAGGAGCAGAACAAGCACGCCAAGAAAAAGGUUGAGACAGCCAAGAAGAAGGUGCAGGAGAUGAAGGAGGAGAAGAAGUCUCAGGUGGCCUCGACUCAGCGGAAGGCCAGACCGGGAGGACUGAAAGCAAAGCUGGCCACCAAGUCAAAGUCCGUGGACGUUCCUCUGAAGGAGACCACAAAAACGUCUAAGGAAGAGGCCAAGGUUCCUCCCAAGGAGCCUACGGUGAAGGAAGAAACGUCUGAGCCUUCUUCAGAAGGAGCAGAAAAAUCUGAGGAGUCUAAAUCUAAGGAACCAUCCCCAUCUAAGGAGAAGAAGGUGUUGAAGGUCUCUUCUUCAUCCAAGGAAGAAACGGACACUGCACCUGCCCAGGAAAGAAAGAAGGCGACAGGGGACGAAGUGAAGACGUCUUCAGAAGCUGACAAGGAGUCUUCGAGAGAUGCCACGUCUCAAAAGAAGGACACGGAAGGCAGCACAGACGCUCCAAAGCAGAAAUCUCUUAAAGAAAGAUUCCAGGAACUCUCCAAGGAAAGGGAAGCAAAGAGACAAACCAUCGGUAAGAAGUCUCAAGAAACCAAGACAACAUCUUCUUCUUCUUCUGAAACGAACAGUGCGGCAAAGACGCCAUCUAGUCGUGAAGAAGCAUCUAAGGGAGAAGAUUCUAAGGAGGACUCUAAGGAUGAGAAAUCGUCAGAGCUUCCAUCUGUCGACGAAUCGGAGGAGAUCUUUCAAGACGGAGAGUACUACUGACUCUGGCGCAGAGAACAUGUGAUGUGACCUGCUCCUCUUUCUACAUGUUUGUUUGUUUGUUUGUUUUUGUUUUGUUUAUUUAUUUGUCUUGAAGACAACCGGUGACUGCUUCCAUAGCGGGCCAAGGACAACCAAAUCAUGUACAUGGCUGCAUGAUUGUACAAUUUCAGUGCAGGGCAUGUAAAAUUAGCUGGGUGGGAAAUCAGAAGCAUUGAUUAAAGCAAAAUUAAUCAUCUUAUUUGCUUAAUGGAGACAAAAGUAUGCAGCAUAUUUGUACACUACAGAUAGGAUACAAAUGAAAUAGGAAAAAAAUAUAAAUAAAGGUGGAAUAACAGC